AUGGCUCCUCAGAAACUCAAGAUUGCUGCUGCUGGCCUCGGCCGCAUGGGCAAGCGACAUGCCAUCAACUUUCUCAACCGCACUCCCCGCGCUGAGCUCGUGGCUGCCUUUACUCCCGAUCCUGAGGAGAUGGCUUGGGCCAAGGUCCACCUCGAGCCCCAUGGAGUCACCUUGUAUGAUGACUACCAGAAGAUGAUUGAGCAGCCUGGUCUGCAGGCUGUUGUCAUUGGUACUGCCACGUCUGUGCACGCAGAGGAGGCUAUCCAGGCCAUGCAGAGGGACCUUCACGUCCUGUGUGAGAAGCCUCUCUCGACCAGCAUUGAGAUUUGCCGCGAUGUCGUCAACGAGGCCAAGAAGCGCCCUCACCUCAAGGUCAUGUGUGGCUUUUCUCGACGAUUCGAUCAGUCCUAUCGCGACGCCCACGAGAAGAUGGAGCAAGGUGCCAUCGGCCGACCUACAAUCAUCCGAAGCCAGACUUGUGAUAAGCACGAUCCUUCGGGCUUCUUUGUCGCCUACGCUGCCUGGUCUGGUGGUGUCUUUGUCGACAUGUCUGUUCACGAUAUCGACCUGACGCUCUGGUUCUUUGGCGACGAUGUCAUUCCCAAGAGUGUCUCUGCCCACGGUGUCCGUGCUGUUCAGCCCGACCUCGGAAAGUACAACGAUUACGAUAACGCCGUCGGCAUCGUCGAGUUCUGGGGUGGCAAGAUCGCUUAUUACUACUGCUCCCGAAUGAUGGCCCACGGACAAGAAGAUACAACCGAAAUCAUCGGCACCGAGGGAAAGCUGACGGUCAACGGAAACCCCCAGUCCAACCUGGUCAACUACUACCACUCGGGCGGCAUCACCCGCGAGGUGCCAGCCCACUACUACGGCCGCUUCGAGAUGGCCUUUGUCCAAGAGUCCAACGAGUUUGCCGAGGCCUGUCUCGACAACAAGACCCUUCCCCUGAAGCUCACCAACGCUGUGCGGGCUGUUGAGAUUGGUGCUGCUCUGCAGGAGGCUCUGGUCAGCGGAAAGCAGAUUCGGUUUGAUGAGGUUGGCCGUCGCAUUGAGGAAACCAAGCUGUAA